AUGGCUGACGGAUCACAUGACAGGGAAGCCGCUCUCUUCCUCGUGCUAUCGGAGCCUGAAGCCAUGACGGUUGGGCAGUGGUUGAAGGAAGUUGCGGAGAAGCAUCUCAUGCCCCCAGUGGUGCACGCAAUGCUUUAUAACGUCAGUGAAGCCUGUGGUAAAAGCAGCAGCAACAACAACAACAGCAACAGCAACGGACGCGCCGCAUCUGGAGGGAGUGAGGGAAAUGGAUGCUUUCAAAACGCCCUGACCAGGGUGUUGAAUGAGUUUCAUCACAGCGGCAAACAUGGCGUUCCGAUGACGUCCAUGCGAGUUCUUGUUGUAGCACUGUUUUGGGACGGCCAGAGUGAGUCAGCGAAAGCGGAAUUUGCUCGGCUCCGGGAGUUGGCAGAUGAAACAAACAAACAAGCUAGUGAUCCUCAGGUAAAUGCGGAUAAGGCUAACAAUAGCGGGAGUGACGGCAAGCAAAAGCUGCCUUCUCUGAUAGGUUCAAAUGUUCAUAUUGUUCUUCAAGCGUUGAACGCCAAGAAGAGUAAUGAAAAACUCGUAGAAACUCUUGAUGCUGUAGUGUGCAGCCUCCGCAAGAAAUUGCAGUCAGCUUGCGGCCCAUCGGAGCACGUCGAUCCCACUCGUAUUGACGCAGCCGCAUCCCGAAGGGUAGACAAAGUUACUGUAACUCAAAAAGAGAAGGGUUCACAGAAUGGUACCGGUGAUGGUGGGAGCGGUAAUAAUGUUAUUGGUGUGGAAGAUCUGAGUGACUCCGCUGUCGCCGGACGUGUGGAGGAAGGACAAGGUGAGUGCUUCAUUGUCAUAUCGGGAACAACUAUGGAAGAAUUUCAGAAGCGCGUUUGGGAGCUCAAGGCUUCUGCGGCACGUAUUGGAGUUGGUUGCUCACCCGUAUUAGCUGAACCCCGUGAAGUGCAAACAAGUAACAGUGGCACCAAAACAAAGGUAUUUGCGCAGGAGUUUCUGGUGCGCCAGGGUGCAUCCGUUGAGCAGCAUAUUGAAAUGCGUAUUGCGAUGUGUGGGAAUGUCGAUAGCGGUAAAUCUACGCUUACUUCGGUACUGACACGUGGUUGUCGCGAUAAUGGUCGUGGGUCUGCGCGGGCGUUUGUUUUCAAACACAAGCACGAGGCCGCGACGGGUCGUACUUCUAGCGUGAGUGAAAACCACUUGGGCUUCUCGGAAGCAGGUGAAGUGGUGAAUUACGUGGUUGCAGGUGCUAAGCACUCUCUAGGCGGUGUAAGUCUUGGUGAGGAGACUCCCAAUGACGGCGGCGGUGGUGGUGGUGGUGGUGAUGGUCCUAUUGGUAAUAAACCUGUUACCAUUAACUCACACCAGCUCGGGCAGGAGGUUGCGGCAAAGAGUUCAAAAGUCCUUACUCUUUAUGACCUCGCUGGACACGAGCGGUACUUGAAAACGACCGUUCUUGGCAUGACGCGUAACAUUCCCGAUUAUGCCUGUGUCGUCAUCAGCGCCAAUAACGGUAUCCAACGUAUGACAAAGGAGCACGUAGCUUUAUGCCUUGCUUUGAAGAUUCCUUUCUUUGUCGUUAUCACGCGUAUAGACUCCACACCGGAAAACAUCCGGCAGGAGACGCUUGCCAGUGUUCACAAAUUGCUCAAGGUCCCCACUGUCAGAAAGCUGCCGUACCCCGUGCGUCGUGUAGAUGACGUAGUGCUUUCCGCUAAGAAUCUUCGAAACGACCGCAUCACGCCCAUCUUUGAAAUUAGCAACGUCAGUGGCGAGGGUCUACAAUCAUUAGUGCGAUUUUUAAACCUUUUACCAAUGCGGAAGGAUUGGCGUAACGCUCGCCAGCUCCCACGUGAGAUGGUGAUCGACAGCACAUUUUUUGUGGCGGGCGUGGGAACAGUUGUAGGUGGAAUCGUCACGCAGGGUGUCUUUAAUGUCAAUGAUGCUGUGCUAUUAGGGCCAGAUGCCAGUGGUGGAUUCCGUACCGUACAAAUUAAAUCAAUCCACGUUAAGGGAGUGGAGCAGCAGCGUGCAGUAGCCGGUUGCGAUGCAUCCUUUUGCCUCAAGAAGGAGAAGCGUCGGGGAAUCCGCAAGGGAAAUAUACUCACAGAUCCUAAGCAUCCAGUAGAGGCGUACUGGCAGUUUGAGGCCGAUGUUGUUAUUCUCUAUCAUUCUACCACCAUCCUUGUGAACUAUGAGCCAGUCAUUCAUUCCACCACAGUGCGGCAAUCAGCACGAAUUGUAUUUGUGGAAAAAGAGGUUCUGCGCACAGGUGACCGGUCACUUGUGCGAUUUCACUUCUUAUACCGACCGGAGUUCAUGAAAGUUGGGCAACAGCUUAUUUUCAGAGAGGGACGGACAAAAGGCAUUGGAACGGUGACUAAUCUCAUUGGCCCUCGGGAAGGGUCACUCUUGGCGAAGAGGUUGAAACAUAAAGAAACGUAG